ACAGCUGAAGAUUAAACAAGGUGGUGCUUACACAACUUGGUGGAAGCUCCAACCACUCAUUGCUUUAUCACUAUUGAGGGGCUCAGUAUCAACCGAGGAUUUUUUCAGUGUCAUAGCGAAAUACUUACCCUGAGCGGGAGCACUUUUAAAAGUGAUAUGCUAUAAAACUUAAUGAGCAGUGAAAUCAGGUGCUCAGAGAUUUACUGCUAGUACGUGGAUUGAAAAUCUUUGAAGGCAAGUAUGAGGAUUCUUUUAAUUUUAUCCUGUUUAACGAUGGCAGCGUACGGUGGGCUCGUUAUGAAUCGAAGGAUAAAUAAUCAGUUGUGGAACGAAUUUAAGCACUUCUUCGACAAGAAUUAUGACGAUGAUGAGGAUACAAUGAGACAAAAUAUGUGGAAUGAUCUUUUGAAUAAUAUGUUCAGCCACAAUAUGAAAUUUCAUGCAAAAAAAGUUCCAUACUCAAUGGGUCUCAAUGAAUUUUCUGAUAUGAGCCACGAUGAAUUCACAAAAAAAAUGACGGGAUUGGAUAGUGAAAAGAAUUGCCAAAACUCAAGCCUAAUAUAUCAGCCUCCACCAAAUCCCAAAAUUCCAGAAAAUGUCGACUGGAGAGAGCAUGGAUAUGUAACUGAGGUUCAGAACCAAGGCGCUUGCGGUGCAUGCUGGGCAUUCUGUUCCAUCGGUUCUUUGGAAGGACAGCAUAAAAGAAAGACUGGACAAUUAAUAAAACUGAGUGAACAAAACUUGAUUGACUGCUCAAAACCGGAAGGUAAUAAAGGAUGUGGAGGAGGUCAAAUGUGUAGAGCCUUGGAAUACGCUGCUCAUAUUCCUGGAGUGGCAACAGAAGAAUCAUAUCCUUACAUCGGAACGAGUACAGAUGGCACUUGCAAGUACAAAAACAGUACCAUCGGUUCAAAAGUUGGUGGUUACCUAGAGAUUCCGUACGGUGAUGAAGAUGCUCUCAAAAAGGCCGUUGGAUUGCUAGGACCCAUAGCUGCUGGACUAGAUGGUAGUCCUGAAACAUUCCGUCAUUACAAUGGUGGAAUUUAUUCAGAUCCAGCAUGCAGCAAUACCACUUUAACACAUGCCCUGACAGUUAUAGGAUACGGUACUGAAGAUGGCACUGAUUAUUGGUUGGUCAAAAACAGUUGGGGAAAGUCUUGGGGCCAAGGUGGCUUCGGAAAACUGCUUCGAAAUUCCAAUAACCACUGUGGAAUAGCAAGCAGAGCUUUGUUCCCAGUCCUAGAGCAAAACACUGACGGUACUCCUAAACUAUCGGGUCCUGCAGCGUCAUAGAGAAACUUAUCAAGCACCGAAUCCAUGUUCGAUUCAAACUUCCGCAACGGUUAAUUUAAUUUCAAUAGAAAAACGUAAAAAUGCUCUGCCUUCCAAAGAGUUUUUUUUAUUAAAAAUGUUAUUUAAUAAUGCA